UUUCCUUUUAGCUCAGUGAAGAAGUUCAGAUUCUUCUUCUCUCUGGAGAUUUUGAUGCGGAUCAGGUGUUUGUUGUUAAGUCAAAGAGAUUGAGUAAAAUGACUAUGCAUGGCAGCUAUUUCUUCGAUCAUGAGAUAGGCAGAGUCCUUGAAUUAAAUUCCCAUGUUUCUCUGGAAUGCAGCGAAACAUCGGUACCCGGCAUUUCCUCACAAGACGAACUCCGUUGGUUCAUAUGGCUACUUGUUGGAGAGAUGCACGAGCUUAGUUCAACUCAACCAGAUCCAUGCUCAGAUGCUUGUGAAUGGAUUCCACAGAGAUAACUGGCUGUUGACAAAGCUCAUAAAUGCUCUCAUGUCGAUUGCCGAACAAAAGCUGGCUUGUGCGGUUUUCCAUCACGUGGACUCCCCAGAUGAGUUUCUGUGGAAUUGGAUGAUCAGGAGCUACUCUUGUCAUGGCCCAGUUCGAGAAGCGAUCGUCUUUUAUGAUAUGAUGAGACGUCGAUGUGUUCGUCCUAACAAUUUCAGCUUCCCUUUUGCACUCAAAUCAUGUGCAGCUGUUGAAGCUCUCUCCGAAGGUGAGCAGAUGCAUGCUGAUAUUGUGAAGCUAGGAUUCGUAUGUGAUGUUUUCGUCCAGACGGCGCUUGUUGACAUGUAUGCGAAAUGCAGUAGAAUUGAGAUGGCGAGGCGGGUGUUUGAUGGCAUGGGAGAGAAGAGCGUGGUUUCUUGGACUGCUAUUGUUGCGGGUUAUUGCCGGCAUGGGCUUUUGGAGCAAGCCCAAGAGCUGUUUGACGAGAUGCCUGUUAGAAAUGCCGUUGCGUGGAAUGUGAUGAUCGAUGGGCUGGCUCGGUUUGGGGAUUUGGAGGUUGCCCGGCAUGUUUUUGACAGGAUGUCUCAGCGAAAUACAGUGUCUUGGACUAUCAUGAUUGGUGGUUAUUUGAGGGUCGGGGACAUGGUACGUGCCAGGCGCCUGUUUGAUCAGAUGGUUGGAAAAGAAGUGGUAGCAUGGACGGCCAUGAUCUCUGGCUAUGCUCAGAAUGGGGAAUCUGGUGAGGCAAUUAAGCUUUUCCACAUGAUGCUGGCUGAUGAUGUGAAGCCAGAUGAGGUGACCAUGUUGGGUGUCAUCUCUGCCGGUGUGCAAUCAGCAAGUUUGCAUCUUUGCACAUGGAUAGAAGAGUGCAUCAACAGAUGUGGUUUUGGAUCCGACGUCCGUGUCCUGAAUGCAGCAAUAAACAUGUAUGUGCAGUGUGGAAGUAUCGACCAAGCUUUCCACGUGUUCGAGAAGAUGCCUGAAAGAGAUGUGGUAUCCUACAAUUCCAUGAUAGCUGGAUGCGCUACUCAUGGUGACAUGAAAGGCGCUCUCUCCGUGUUUUCUAUGAUGAUUGAAGCCAAGGUUCUGCCAAACAGCAUCACCUUCAUUGGAAUCUUGACCGCUUGUGCCCAUGGAGGAUUGGUAGAUGAGGGAAGGACUUACUUCCGCAUGAUGCUUGAUCUCAGCCAUGUCAAAAUUACAGUGGAGCAUUAUGCAUGCAUGGUGGACCUGUUGGGUCGUGCCGGCCACCUAGAUGAGGCCCAUGAGCUCAUAUUGAACAUGCCUAUCGAACCUAAGGCUAGCACAUGGGGUGCGUUGCUUGGUGCUUGUAGGAUCCACGGGAACCUUGGUCUGGCAGAGGUUGUUGCUCAGAAGCUCUUUGAGAUGGAGCCUGAGAAUCCAGGGAAUUACACAAUUCUCGCCAACAUGUACACGGAGGGGAGAAUGUGGGAUGCUGCAGGUUGGGUGAGGAGACUGAUGAAAGACAGGCAAGUGUCUAAAACAACAGGAAGCAGCUGGAUCGAGGUCGCCAAUUCCAUCGAGAAUACAACGGAAGGUGUGAAACAUAGUACCUCAGGGUCACAGCUUCAAUGCAUCCCUGGAUCACCAAUUUUCAGUGCAUCCCUGACUGUAGGGCCCACCAUGAUGUAUGUGCCUUACAUCCACACCGUCCAUCCGUUUUGACAGCUUAUUUUAGGGCGUGAUCCCAAAAAAUGAAGCAGAUCCAAUUCUUAGGUGGACGACACCAGAAGAAACAAUCAUGAUUGAAUACUCACCAUUACUUCUUGGGGGCUACAGGAAUGUUUAUUUGACAUCCAACAUGUUGAUAAGGUCACAAAGACCUGGAUGAAGGAACCACACAAAUAUCAGCUUGAUCCAAAACUUUUAUGGCCCACAAGAAGUUUUUAAUGGUCAAUCACCACAGUUUCCUGUGGUGUGGUCCAGCUAAGAUUUUGAUCUGCUUCAUUUUUGUGAUCAUGCCCUAAAACGAGCGGCAAAAAUGGAUGGACAGUGUGGAUGUAAGGCACAUACAUCACGGUGGGCCCCUCAAUCAGGGAUCUACUCACCUUGGUGGAUCCCCGCCACCCCCUUACCUCAGUGGAACUCAAUCCCAUCUCCCCUCUAGCAUGGGUGCACUAACCAGCUCAAAAGAAGAAGAAGAAGAAAACUACAUGUAACAUACUGCUGUUUCUCUAAUCCUUCUUAUACCAUCUAUUUCCAUCAUGGCCCACUAGCAAAUUUCACUCGUCAUGCACUUCUUUCUUUCUGAUUGUUUGGUCCAUCCAAUUACAAGUUAAAACUAUAUGGAGCUAGGGACAAUGGAAGGUGGAAAUUACCAGGUCCAACGAUGAGGGGCGCUGCAUUGCAUGGCAGGCUGGGCCCACCCUGAAACAUUGCUGAAGCAUCAUUUUGUAGAUUGGGAAUCUUCUAAUCUUUUUAUCUUUUCCUAGAAUGCUAUUGCCUUGUGAUCCAUAUUUCACCUUUUCUUUCUAAAUGCCCGUCUCUUUGCUUUCCACCCGCAGCUGACUGUUCUCCUCAAUCCCUUUAAUUUAAUAAAAUAUCCAUAUAAAUCAUCGACUGUUCCUGCUAUUAUUUGUAUAAAGAAGUCAGCCACCUUGUGGCUCACA